GUUAUGAGUGUCCAGAAGAAAAACAUAUCCAUUUCCUCUUCCAGUUCUCUCUACUGUUUUUCCCCGUCGUCAACAAUAUCUCCUAUCCCGAAAAUCAAGCUGGUUUUCCCCUUCUCUCGCUUCCCCUUCUUCUCCACCGUCCCUACCCCUGGAGCGAGCCCUCGUCUCACUCCCCGCGAUGGCUUCCUCCACUGCUCUCUCCCCGGUGGCCUUCAAGUCCUCCUUCUCCACGCUCCCCUCCAGACCAGCUCGUACUAGGAUAAAUGUACAAGGCGCAUUCUGUUUGCCAUGUUCUACUUGGAAAAGAGCUAGUAAUAGAUCCUUCCGCGUAUACAGUUUAUUUGGAGGAAAGAAGGACAAAGAUGAGAAUGGUGAUGAGGCACCGUCAAAGGGAGGACUCUUUGGAAACAUUGGAAACAUGCAAAACCUUUAUGAAACUGUGAAGAAGGCCCAAAUGGUUGUCCAAGUGGAGGCUGUGCGGGUCCAAAAGGAGCUUGCAGCGACUGAGAUUGAGGGUUAUUGUGAAGGUGAACUAAUCAAGGUUACACUAUCUGGGAACCAACAACCUAUAAAUGUUGAAAUCACGGAAGCUGCAAUGGAGUUGGGCGCUGAAAAAGUCUCCGAGCUGGUCAAUGAAGCCUACAAGGAUGCACACCAGAGGAGCGUCCAGGCAAUGAAGGAAAGGAUGGCUGAUCUAGCGCAGAGCAUAGGAAUGCCUGCAGGGCUCGGCGACGGUCUCAAGUGAUAAAAGGCCUGGUACUUGAAUGCUUUCCAAUAAUGAAAGAAGCGUCUCUCAAUUUUGUAUUCUAGCUGUGUCGAGUCAUGGUUAAACCCCUCUGCAGCAUCGGUUAGCUGUGCAUGAACUGUAACUGUGGACACCUGUUUCCUUGCUCAUUUGCACAUCAUAGUUACAGCAUUAGUUCUAAUGUGUUGUUUUACACCAAGCAGAUGUUGCUGUUGUGCUAGUAGACCGGCAGCCUGGAGAACAUUUGUAAGCUAAUAACUGCAGAGUGAAAUCUGUUUACGUUGCGAAUAGAGUACUCUUUGGUUUUGGAUAUCGACAUUGUCCUUAAAACACGGCUUAAACCUAUGGUGUAAUAUAUCUUGAAAAAUAUAUACUGUUAUAAUGUUGCAAAGUACUUUUUGAGGCAGUCUA